GUUGACGGAAGCAUGCGGUGGAGUUAGGGAGCACGCGCUCUCAUGUACGCCGACUGUAACGAGAGGAGCGAGAAAUGCACCGAAAAGCAGGACGAGGUCGAAAGCCGAUCGAAGCGGCGCGUUGUGAUGACGGAACUGGAGGGGAGGAGAUAAAGGAGAACAAGAAAAACCGGUGAGCAGCUGUGAGGCAGAGAGAGUGUAUGAAAGCAGGAGAAGAGUCGAAGAGUCCAAUCUUGUCAGCAUUUAGCAUUCAACCCCAGAGACCUGGAAGAAGGACAGAAGGAGACCUACUGCCCUGGUGGAAACACAUACAAUGAGAAUUUGAAAACUGCCUUAGAAAAGAGAACAUUGAGAAAGCAUGGGGGAAGUGGAUGCAUAAAUCUGUAUCCGAGAUCAACUUGCAAUGAGACAUUCCUCCUUUUCCUGUAGAAAGUGAAACUGUUUUCAUUCAUUGGAGAAAUAGAGACAACUGUGGUAGUCUAAUAUAAAGGAAGCAGGUUACUAUGCAAGGACAUCAAGAUUUAUUUUUAUUUUUGUUUGUCUAUUUUUAUCAACAGUAACCUUGACAAACUGAAUCUUAACCAAAGCAGAAUUCAUAACCACCUGCAGCAAGACACCAUCUGAGAACACAUCUUCAAAGCUUUAUUCCUGAAAGAAAUUUCACUAUAUGGCACUAAGUGACUAUCGGUAUACAAAUGACAAAAAGAUGAACUGAGAUUUUUGUACCUUUGGACUAUCCAUUGUGUUGUAGUAUGGAGAAAGGUCAAUCCACAAGUCUGACACCUGUUUUCUGGACCAGAUGAGGGGUUGCAGGCCAAGCUUGCUCCAGGGCCGACGGUUCCACUGUCGGGAAUGGGCCCUGGAGAAGGUGAAGAGAUACCUGGAGGCAAGAAAUCAGGUCAAAGGGGGGCAGGACAUAUCCCAUCCCCUGUCUGGAGUCCUUGUGAUAGGGGGGCCUGGUACAGGUAAAACGGCCUUCUGCACAGAGCUGGUCUGGCCCCAGUCAGAAGCAGGGAAAGAAUUCGGGCUGGCAUCACGGUGUCUGGCUUGGCACUAUUGUCAACGGGAAUAUGCAGACAGCCUAGAGGUUUGGAGGUUUGUGCUGGGCCUGGUUGAGCAGCUGCGUAUGAGUCCUCUAUUGCCACCGGAUUAUUCUAACCUGUUGGCCAACCAUGCUGUUGCUACCAGCCUAGAACCUCUUCAUUGUCAACGUGACCCAGAUGACACCUUUAAAAAGGCAGUUUUGGAGACUUUGCUCUCUUUACCCUCUCCAUCUCAGCCUGUUUACCUAGUGGUAGAUUCUUUGGAUUCUGGCUGUGGUGGGACUGUUGGAGUUAGUGAUGGUCUAACAGUAGGGACUAUAGGUGCACAAAGUACAUCAAUAGCAGAGCUCCUCCUUAGGCACCACCAGUACUUCCCACCCUGGAUUCUCCUUGUCUGUUCUGCCCGUAGACAAAAUAAGGUUGUGUGCAAGAUGUUUUCAGGGUUUCGAAAGCUGUGUCUAGAUGACUUGCGGAAACCUGCAGCUGUGCAAGAUGUUCAACAUUAUAUUCUUCGAAGGCUAGAUCAAGAAGGGACACUGCGGCGGCUGCUCACACCAGAGACAGCCGACAUGCUUAACUUGCUGCAUAUCAAGAGUGGUGGAUGCUUUCUGUUCCUUGAGCGAGUGCUGGAUGGUGUAGCAAGUGGUUUGGUAGGGCUCAGAGAAAUCCGGGACAUACCAGGUACACUAAAUGGCCUAUAUUUGUGGCUCUGUCAGCGGCUUUUUCCCCGAAGACUCUUUGUCCAUGUUAGGUCCUUGCUCAACAUUAUUUUGGCAUCCCAACGACCUCUAAAUCUUGACGAACUCUUUACUGCUGCACAAACUAGGGAUGCUUGCCUGAUACAUGAGGAUUUUCUGUCACAAAUGCGUGCUUUAACAGCACUGAUUGUUGAUGGGCCAAAUGGGAGUAAGCUCUUGUUCCAUAGUAGCUUUGCAGAGUGGUUAACUGAUGUAAAGUACUGCACACAGAAGUUUUUGUGCAGUACAAAAGAUGGACACCUUUCACUUGCCAUGGCCCUGUCAUUGAAAUCUAAAAACCUUAAUACAAAAGAGAUAUGCCAAAUGGGCCAUCACCUCUUAAGCAGUGGAAUACAUUCAGGGGAUCCUGCACUGCUUGCACUAUGGAUGCUUUGGACUGGAGUUCCCAUGCUUAGCAGUGGUGGCAGGGGCUCUUCUGCUCCUGUACCUCAACAUAUUCUUUCCGGGAAAACACCUGUGCUGGUUCAACUCGACGUGUUACAGCUUUUGAUGAAAAGUGGUGUUUACCCCCUCACCUGUUCCCCAGACAAUGGUCCAAGUGUGGGUGUACACUGUGUGGGUAAGGGGAGAGCAAUAGUGAGAAAGGCGCUGCAAAGAGAGGACUCUGUACGAGCACUUUUGGAUAGUGGGGUUAAUGUAAACAGGACAGACCCAUCAAAUGGACGAACGCUGCUUUCUACUGCAGCCCACUCAGGGCUUGUAGAUAUAACUGCACUACUACUGUGUCGUGGAGCAGACCCUGCUCUAAGUGACAACCAGCGCCAGACACCACUAACACUUGCAGCCAGACAGGGCCACGUGGGAGUACUUCAGGUUAUCCUAGACUGGAUUCAUGAUCAACAGUCUGAUACUGGUCGAACAUUGCUGGAGCAUGCAGACAGUGAAGGAUGGACUGCUCUGAGAUCAGCCUCAUGGGGCGGUCAUAAGGAAGCAGUGAAGAUGCUUCUUGAGGCAGGAGCAGAGGUAGACGGUUGUGAUCCAGAUGGGCGUACUGCUUUACGAGCUGCUGCUUGGGGGGGUCAUGAGGAGAUCUUGCUUACUCUCCUUGGCCAUAGUGCUAAAGUUGAUAGCAUGGAUCAUGAAGGCCGUACUCCACUUAUUGCUGCUGCCUACAUGGGGCAUAAGGAGGCAGUAGAGAUAUUGCUGGAUGCUGGUGCAGAAGUGGACUUGGCAGAUGGGGACGGACGUACUGCGCUCUCAGUGGCUGCGCUGUGUGUGCCAUCAGCAGCAGGGGGAAGAGGACAUGGAGAGGUUGUGAGUCUCUUGUUGGAAAGGGGUGCUAAUCCAGAGCAUAAGGACAAAGAUGGGAUGACACCUUUACUCCUUGCCUCCUAUGAGGGACAUGAGGAAGUGGUAGAGCUCCUCCUAGAGGCUGGUGCUGAUGUGGAUGAGAGUGCUGGAGCCUACCCCUCAGCCAUCACACCUCUCCUUGCAGCUGCAAGCAUGGGCCAUGCCAGCACAGUAAACCGCUUGCUAUUUUGGGGGGCAGCAGUAGAUGGUAUUGAUGGCGAGGGUCGCACAGCACUCUCCUUAGCCGCCUCUAAGGGCAGUGUAGAAGUUGUGCGAGCCCUGCUGGAUCGAGGCCUGGAUGAAAAUCAUAAAGAUGAUUUAGGCUGGACACCACUGCAUACAGCUGCUUGUGAGGGCCACAAGAGUACUUGCACUGUACUCACAGAGAAAGGUAGUAUGGCUAGAGUUGGCGAACUGGAUGUGGAGGGUCGAACCCCACUCAUUCUGGCAGCACAGGAAGGUCACUGCAGUACAGUAAGACAUCUGCUUGACCGCAAAUCACCUAUUGAUCAUCGAGGGUAUAAUGGACACUCUGCACUCAGUGCAGCUGCCCUUCAAGGGCAUGGGGAGGUGGUAGAACUACUCUUGAGACGGGGAGCUGACACUGAUGUUCGAGAUGCAGAAGGAAGACCUCUUCUGUACUUACUAAUUCUGGAAGGGUGUUUGGAUAUAGCAACUUUACUUAUAGAGAAAGGGGGUGUUCCACUAGAAUCAAGAGAUGCAGAGGGUCGUACAGCACUUCAUGUAGCAGCUUGGCAAGGUGACUUAGAUGGGGUUGAGCUGUUGCUCAGACAUGGGGCAGACCCUAAUGCUCUGGACUCAGAAGGUCGACCACCACUACACUCUGUGGCAUGGAGGGGGAACAAGGAUACUGGCAGAUUGCUCCUCAGAGCUAGGGGCAUAAAUGUUGAUUUGGCUUGCAAAAAGCAAGGUGCCACAGCACUCAGUAUUGCUGCUCAGGAAGGACACACUGAAAUUGUGGCCAUACUUUUGGAAAAUGGUGCUAAACCAGAUCUAGUGGAUCACUAUGGCCGCAGCCCAGUAAAAGUUGCAGGAAAGAGAGGUCAUUUUAGCAUUGUCCGCCUACUAGAGAGUUAUGGUGCAAACCCAUUUCUCGGAUUCCCACCUUCACUCUGUGAAACUCCAGGCUCCUCCUGUUCCACCAUACUGAAAACUCAGGUUUCCAUCUGCUCUGUUGAGGGGUCAAGAAAUGGUGACCCAGCCACUUCCUCGACCUCAUCAAACUCUUUGUCAGCCUCUUGCUCACCUGCUUCUACAGCUGAGAGAUUCCCUUCAGUUCCUGGUUCUCAGACAUCUUCAUCCACGUGUCACUCUCUGGCCACGGUGCAGACUGUGCCUGCAGACACCUUAAGCUUUACGCAGCAGAUUCAACAGCACUCACUACCACGCUGCCGUAGUCGGCCCUCUACCUUGCCUCUGCAUGUCUCAAACCCCUCUAGCCUACAGAGAACCACUGCAAGGAACAUGCAAAAAACUGUUUCCAAAGAUAAUACUACCCAUGCACAGUGCACAUCUUUUGGACCACAAGAUUUACAUGUCCCUCUUAAAUGCCUUGGAUUGUCACAUACUUCUGACUAUAUCCUGAAGCCCCAAACACCUCAUUUAAUUGAGAAGGAGCUAGAAAACACCUCCCUAAAAUUUGGAAGUUGCAAAUGGAACUCAGUAAUAAUGUCUCUAGGGUUGACACCAAACCAAGAGAGUGGUAUUAGACAGGCAACAAAUAAAGACAGUCCACGAUUAGGCUAUACCCCACUUAAUUUUCAUUCCAAUGUGCAAAAAGAGAGCUGGGAUGGACUUAAAAAAACAACAAUUUCCCCAACUUUUGACCUUUCAGCUAUCUCUCCACAUGGUGCCUUACUAGAGGAAUCUAUGUUCAUAACAACCACAGACCCUCAGCUUAAUCUCAAACAGGCCAUUAAAUUGCAGUUCGAGGGGCCAACCAGUGCAGCACUUUACAAGAGGGAAACGCCACUCUAAGGCAACCUGUUAUAAUUAGGAGCUCAAGGAGGACAGGGUGCUAUGAAGAAUAUCAGUAUGUAAGUCACUCAGGGAAGUGGAUAACUCUCUAUGAGAUGAGGCCAGCAGACCAUCCACACAAUAUCCUUUUACUUCCUAAAAAAUAUUGUGAGGUGGGCUAAAGGAGCAGCAAAGCAGAAGCAAAGAAUUGAUGGACUUCAAAGGCCCUAUGCAGUGUAUCUUCCUGAAUAUGUGAUGGCUAGUCACCAUGGACAACCAACAGCUCCUCUUCACUCAAAUACCCGCACAAUCACAGAAAAUAUUCUUACAAAGAAACACGACUGGGGAAUUUGGUUGCAUGCAGGAAAAUGCUAUGAGGUGAUCAAAGAUCAUUGCAAAAAGGAAGACAAGCCUAAUAUAUUUUUUUAUUUGCACACAUAUGCCAGGGCUAUAUACUGUAUGGUUGCUUUCAAGUGGCCCAAGUGAGAGCAUGCAUAUCCUAUUGAUGGUAAAUGCAUGGUACAGGGUGUCCAUUAGGUCCAGCAUCAUAUUGUUAUUUAUUUUUUUAUAGACUAUGAUGUAUUUAAGCCAAGAAGAAUGAUUUAAAAUAACUCAUAGCUCAUAGCAAAUCAACCUAAAAAAUUAUAUAUUUUACAAAAGAAAAAUAUAAGCAUUUGUUCGGUUGACAUUUUCUCAUAUGAUGCUAGACUAAAGGGACACCCUGUAUAACAAAGCACCUUUUAAUGCAUUUAUUUCUUUUUGCAAUAUAAUCUACACAAUGACCAGAGGCCAUUUAUUUAUCUGCAAUGUGUUCUGGAAGGGGAAUGAUUUUUCACAAAAAAAGACUCCCGCAUUAACACUAGUAACCAAAGUAACUAGCAAAAACACUAUAACCAUUAUUAACUGUCCCUCUGCCUAUUUUGUAUUCCUUUAAAGAGAUGUUCAGGUUAUCAGUGAUGAUAACCAUUUUUCUGCCAUUUUAAGGCUGUGACUUUGAGCUUGGUGUUUCCAUACUAUAUUUUAAUAUAUUUAUAUUUGUUUUCAUUGUAUUCAUUGUGAUUGAUGUCCUUUUGUGUAAGCAGUGAAUGAAAGAACUGCUCAGCCAGAUUUCUUUUCAAUAGUUAAAGGCAGGUUGUAUUACAUGGAUUAAAAGAAAUUAUGGAUUUAAGGAGAUAUUACAGUUGGAAAGAGAAAGAAGAAAGGAAGGUUGCCAACAAUCUGGAUAAUAGCAGGUGCCAUAGCAGGAGCAGUGCCACUACAUGAGAAAGAGGUUCCAGGAAAAGAGGUUCCAGAAAAAAGAAGGGAUUUUAAACUUUGGUAGAUGUAAUAUACUUUGUUUUUAAUAUAUAAACACAGUGUAAAUACAUUCUUUGUUAUUAUAAUUUUUAAUGAUGUUAACGACUAAUGUUAAAAAUUGUUCAUAAAAAUGUACUUUUAAGUGACAUUCCAUCACAGACUUUGUAAUGCACUGUGACAAUCUUGCUGUUAAAAAAAGCAAGAAUUUCCUUCUCUCUAUAUAUAGGUCUCAAACACAAUGUGGUCAGUUACCUUUGUCAUCACUAUAAAUCAGUACAAAACUGGGGUCAGUAAAGUUUCCUAUGUGUCUUAUGUGCUAACAUUCUUUGUGUGUGUAUAUAAAAGAUUGUACUAUACAUUUUAGCUUUAACUGUGUAAAAAUGUUUGCUUAGUUUUUUUUUUUUUGUUUGUUUUUUGCGUGUCCUGGUAUUCUUUUCAGUGUGUGAAAAUAUCAGACAUUCUCCCACGAACUUUUUUGUUUGUAUAUCCAUUGUGAUACAUUCUCUCUUUCUCCUUCUCACCACUUAUUGAACUGUUUUAUUGCCUCUCCAAAGCUUGUUACUUCCAAAAAAUCCUCUAAAGCAAAUAGAGCAAACAAGUCCAAAUGCCACCUACAGUACGCACACAUCACAUACAGCAAUGUCCACAGAUAUAUGCAAAUUGUACACAAACUGCAUGUACAUUAACUGCAUGUUAACUAAUGUCAUACAGCAUAUUGUUUGGGUCCACUUAUUUGUUUGGAUGAGCAGUGUUUCGUGAUUGUAUCACUCUGGUUAUAUUUGUUCACCACAUAAAAUUCCAAUUCUGCCAAUUCCAAUUCAAGCGACAUUAAAACCAUUACUACAGUAAAUGUAGUAACCUUUAACUAAAAUGUACAAAUGGGAUAUAUAUAUAUAUAUAUAUAUAUAUAUAUAUAUUUCCACUAGUGGAGCAAAAUAAAUGAUGCAUUUGGCUAUACUUUCUCUAAAAUGUAGGUGCUCUAUAUUUAUUUCAUAUUUAUAGAACUCCAGUAUAAAUGCAGUAUUACUAACAACCAUGUGGUAACAGUAAAUAUUUUUUACUUAUCAAUUUGCUGUGUACACAAUUUAUUUAUUUUAUUUUUUAUAAGAUUUGUUUAGUCAGGAGUGUCUGUGUACUGUCUUGUUAGGUUGUCGGUUUUGUUGAGGCAAUGAGGCAGUCUGGACUUUUUUUUUCUAAAUCUAAGGUAUUAUGUCUAUGCAACGAAUGAUCAAGUAUAAUAAUGGAGACAAUCAAUUUUGCAGCAUUAAGGAACUUAAAUUGGUUUACAAAGAGUUAAACUAUUAUGAUGAUUUCUUUUAAUAGUGUAUUGGUAUGCUGAUAGUUAAUUAAGUAAUUAAUGAAGUAAUUUGUCAGCUCACAUCUAAGAGCUCCAUUAGUGGAAACCGGACACCAUAGAACCACAUUAUUUGCCCACUCUCAGCACAGCCAAUACACUGCCACUGUAGGUGCAUAGUAUUGUUCAUGGUCCUGGUAUAUGUAACUCAGCAACAUUGCUUUUUUUCCCAACCAAAUUCAUGUUAGAACAGGUUAAUCUGGUUUCUGUGUUGCCUUUGUCCACAAGCUAACAGUUUUAUAUGGGACAAUUCAUCUACCUGUAUUUUCUAACAUUUAUACCCUUACCUCAAAUAGCAUGAAAGCCUUUCUAAUACACUGAACAUAGUAUUUGUUUGGAAUAGCUAACUGAGUGGAACUGACAUUGUGUUAAAGGUCAGUACACAGGAGGGAAGAGAAAUAUGGGUUAGAUUAAACUGUAAAUUUUGAAGAACCAAAAUAAAAGUCUAUUAUGCAAAUAUUAUUCUAAAACCCUAAAAAUUAUUACAAAUUCUUUAGUUCAAAGGCAAAUUUAUGUAACUUCCUUGUCACUCUUAGUCACUGUGUAUUUGUUACCACAAAUGAUAAGAUAUAUUAUUUUCAAUAAAGCUUACAUCCACACCGCUUUAAGAGGAACCUGAAUAACAUUGUCCCUAGUCUAAAAGCAUUAGCGAAACAGCUAAAUUCAUAUAUGAAUAACAGUGUGUCUGUGUGUUGUUAGUCAUCAUCUCCUGCUCUCAGUGGGAAGCUUUCAGCAGUUGUUCUAAACUAAUAUUCUACAUCUUUUGGCAGGGAGGGGGCGGGGGAUUCCACAGUAGUUUGAGACCUAGUUGAGAUUUUGAAGAGACAUCUCAAGAUUCCACAGUUAUGUCUAAGAGUGUCUAAAGUAACUCAUGACAAACUACAUUCCGGCAAUUGUUGAAACCUGACAUGGUUUUUAAAUUCCUUUUUAUCAAGCUAAUGCUAAAUGUGUUCAUACAUAAACACCAUCCACCCCCACAACAUUGAAGAAUGUGUCUGUUUUUUAUUGAGAAUUGCUUAUGUUGCAAUGCCCCAUUAUAACACAUCAAUACACAACUCUCCUUUUAUGCCAGAUGGUUGCCUGGAGAGUAAGACACCCUUUAGGUGAUGUUACCUUCUGUUUUUACACUGAGGAAUUCUCACAAUGUGACACCUGUAGAGGGGCAGAUUAAAAAAGGGUGGCACAUCUUUUAAGACUAAAUAAAGCAUACAUACAGUAACUAUAGCAAAUUAUAUUCUAACACUGCAUUAACCACACAAUUUAUGAUUAGAUUGACAUUUGUCAAAUUAUACAAGCAUGCAUAAUGAAAGAAAAGUUAACACAACAAAAUACAGUUGAAACAAUUUGAUCUUCAGGUCAAAAGAAUCAAAAGACAAUCAAGAUACUCCAUUAAAAAUCUUUUUACACUUAUGCAGUGCAUAAAAACAACUUGUAACAGUGAAACAGAUGGGCUGGAAACAUUAAGUUGGCCAGAGGAAAAUUACAAUACAGCUCAGUAAAUAAAAGAGACAUACCAUAAGACAGUACAGUAGGAGAGGUUUUUGUCUU